CCGGGAUUCAAGAGAGGCGACACGGCGUGGUAUGCGAAAGGAGUCUUCGGGCCAGCCAUGGAUGUGACUGUAACCGAUAGGAGGCAAGAUACCGACGGUCGGUGGCUUUACCAGCUGAAAGAUUCUGCUGGGGUGCCGGUGAACAAAACACAUGCGGGGGCGGAGUGGGUUGCAGAGUCAAAACUCAGCAACUAGUACUGAUACGGCAUCCUUGUCUGUAUGCGGGGUUCAGCUGGUUACACCUAUGUCUUAUCGUGGCGCCAUUCUGGAGCCUGCAAGGCUUUCUCAGCCCUGAACAUCUUUCUAAACCUCACGUAUGAGCUUGAGUAUUUAGCAAAGCAAUUGAACUGAAGAUUUCUAUAUUCCAAAGACACUGAGAGUCCUAACAACAUUAAACAGACAUACCAUAUUUGGACCGAGAAAAGAUGAAUGCCGACAUCGAGCGGAAUGCGGGGUUUGAUGACACAAACGCGGUUAAGUCAGAAGAAUGCUUACAAUCGACGCCGGCAAAACGAUCGACAAAUGAUUCGAAGACACCAUUGAUCAAACGCAUACUCACCAAUACUUCUGAACUCCUAAAUCCGAAACGGGUUCAGUUUGGGGUACCGGAUGCAUUUACCGGUUGGCGAAGCAAUUUGCCAGUCAAUGUUAGAACGUUGGAAGACAACCCUCAGGGAUAUCCCAGAUUGGCAGCAUUUCUUGACAGCGACGACAACUUCAUGAUAUACCGCCGUUUCGGCUAUAUCCAAUCAAGACUUCUCCUUGACAAACAAAACGAACUCCAAACUCUAGAAAGAGCACUCGAGAGAAUCGACCUCGCCGAAGCGGUAACUUCAAAGAAAAUCUCCAAAGGUGACACCACUGGACUUUUUAGUGGCGAACCAAGCGAGAGGAAGAAGUUGAUGAGGCUUUUGGAAGUCAAGUUCACUGAAUACUCUGCCUUGCUCAACUCCGCACACCAAAUCAUGUCCCUGCAAAGGCCCUCAGAAAAGGACUACGGUAGCCUUCGCAAUUACUUCGACGUCGAAGAUCCUCCUCUUUGCGAGAGUGAUGAGCAAUGGAUCGAAUGCAAGGAAGACAUGGUGACGCUGCAUGCUGGCCGCGAGCAUGCGUGGCUCGACGAUGCUAUAGAGCACUUUUUGAAGAUGUUUCAUUGCAGUUUCAUUGAAUACAUCUUUUGCUCAGAGGAAACCCGCCGCAAGACGAAAGGAAGCACCGUAUACUACACUCGCAGCCGGAUAGAUCGACUUGUCUUGGUGAUUAUCACAAUGAUCAUUUUGCUGCUUCUCGUUGUCCCCAUCUACGUCCUUUACCAUCUCACCAACGAUUUCCCUCAAGAACCCAGGACCACUGCCAUCAUCAUUGGCGUCCUCCUCGUCUUCACUCUUGCCUUCUCCGCUGUUCUAUCCCUUUUUACAAGGGCAAGGCGCCAUGAAGUCUUGGCUGCGGCUGCAGCAUACGUUGCGGUGCUGGUAGUAUUCCUUGGAAACGUAAACCCAGGACCAGGACAGAACAUUGCAGACUAGAAACGAGAUUAGAGGUUGAAUGACGUUCGAAUUAUUUCUUUCAACAUGGAUUAAAAGUAACGAAUUCAAAUAUUCAAUAGGGAAGCUAUCUUAAAAUUUUGGCUCGAGAAUCUUUGCAUAAGAUUUAAUUAAUACCGCUUCAGAGUAUGAUGUUUAUCAAAGUUAGGACUAUAGAUAGCAUUUAAUUUAAGAACACGAG